AUGCUUAAAUCGACGGCAUCCGAUACACCCACUGACGGGUACGACCCGAACUUUGGCGCUCGUGUGAGCGUAGCUUAUCACCGCUCAGUGGAGCGCGACCGUCUGCGCGAAAAGAAGUACGGCACCGCCAUCGCGACCCUCACCCGCCCUGGUGGGACUCCAUCGCCCGUUCGCAACCUUUACACAGAGAAAAAGGACAUGAUUGCCGAGCUCGACGCGGCAUACGACCUGCUCAGCGACGAUGAACGCAAACGCAGGCCCACCGGCGCCGUUCGCGCCUGGAUCCAGGCCCUCGAAAGUCGGAUACGUGACAUCGAGAGGUGCGAACGGGAUUAUGCUGCCAAAUUAGCGCGAGAGCUCUUGGUAUUCGAGGAAGAUGAACCCGCAACCUCUCUUGAAAAGUUGGCGAUUACCAAGGACAGCCAAGCUCCAGGUGCUGGUCUUUCCCGCUCAGACCAGCCAUCUCUCUCAACUCCAGAACAACCUUCCAUGGUCAAGCGCCACGGCGAAGAGCCCAGCGCAGGUACUCAUGAGCACCCGGUAUCAACUUCGGCGGCCAAAAACAGCGCCAAUGAUCGUGGUGUCCCUUUUAGAAACCCUUCGCUUGAUUAA